AUGGCCCCCCACGAGAGCCAGCGAGAGAUUGAUGAUGCACAUGUGGAACAGAUACAAAUCCAGCUCAGCAAGGACAUCACUGACCGAGAUGCAAACCCUCUGAGGGUCAUCAUCUCUAGGAACCUGACUGAGGUAGAAAUGCAAGAGAUGGAUUCGAGGAUGUGGGAUCCACCCAAUGAUCUUGAGCUCAGAGUGAUUAACAGUGGGGGUGAUCUGGGGAUUGAUACACUCGAGGGCCAUGGGCUGUACACAAAAUGGAGAGUCGAUCAUCAAGAGAAAUCCCACCCCAAGGACAAGUCUGAGGAAGAGCAAGUGGACUUGGACAAGAUCAUCACGGCAAGUCUCGAGGGAAUGGCCACCGUGCUACACGACCUUUCCCAGUCCCACCAUAGCCUGUCUAGUUCCCAAUAUAGAGGAUUACAACUGACACUGGGCACCAGGAUAAGUCUACUCAGCAUCAUUAUAUUUGAAUAUCUUACAGAUCUCUUCAAAGACAAGCUUGAUGUCCUACUUGAAGUUUGUCAUCCAAACAAUUGGACAGAGAGAGGCACAACCAGUGGAGCUCAUAGAUUGUCCAUUCCCUGCAUUAUUGAAACCAACUGGAAAAGAAUAUUCUUCAACACCUUAAGGAGAAAUGGGCCUGGACACCAGACUAGGUGA